AUUAAAAAAAAAACUUUAUUGAGAAAAGCGGAAGACGUAAAGACCAAAGUAUAUCACGUUUGUGAUUUACAUGUAUCUGAUGUGUUACUCCGCAGUCGAUUUGUGCUUAUCUCUUAUUUUAUUUCGCUAAAGUGCAAGUUGCCUCUUUGAUCCGUAGGCAGCAUUCUAUCACACAGAAAGGUUUCUUGCGUUCCACUCUGGUUUUGCUUCGACUUCCUGCUUCUUGUUUUCCGGUUUGGAAGAGUGGAUUGGUGCAUCAUUUAGGGGAGUGUUUUACUUUGUACUCACUUGGAUACUUCCUUCCAGUCAUGUGUCUAAUCCAACUCUCUAUAUAGCUUGGUUCAGGUUUGUACACAUGGAUCCAGAACUUUCCCAUCUAAUACAUUCUUCCGGGCCAAUGAGAUCCAAGGAUCAUGAUCUUAAUAGCUUUCCUAUACCCACCCCAAGGAAUUUGUCUGGGUUGAAAGGAAAACGCCUUGAUCAGUAUGACUGCCCAGUUACCCUACAAGAAUUUAGUGACAGUCCUGCUACCCCCAGUACCUCUGCCCAUCAGACAUCAUGCAUCCCUGAAGCAGGGGAACAGAACAUAUCAUCCCUGGCAAAGGAGCUUGAUUAUGUGAGACAAACCAAUAAAAAGCUGCAGGACACACUGAUGAGCAGAGAAAAAGAGCUGGAGACGCUAAGGCUAGAUACGGAGAUACGGGAACAGGCAGCCCAGGCCAUGAUUGCUGAGAAGACUGCAGUUCUGGUAGAAGAGGUGUACCGGGCACAGCGUGAGAGAGAUGAGGCGCUAAUGGCUCGACUCCGAUUGGCCAAUGAGGAACGGGAUGAAGCUCUGCUACGAGUUCAGAAUUUUCAAUUGUACCUCAAAGAGCUGGAAGAUCUAAACCCUGAAGAAACCGACAUGACACUGCAGCAGCUAUUGGCCCAGUUGGGAGAAGCAGAAGGGGGUGCUGCCAUUCAGGAAAAUGGAGCACUAAUAUUAGAGCGGAUUCGACAAAGUCAAGAGAGAAGAGAACAUAUCACAGCUGAAGAAAUGGGAGCCGUCAUCCAGGAAAGGGAUGCUGCUCGUGCUAAGUGCAAACAGCUUGAGAAGGAGCUUCAUCUGCUGCAAGAGAGUAAACAGACCUCCAUGGAUUUUGUAACUGCAGAGAAGAGCAUAGAACCUUCUUCCAAGGUUUCACUGACCUUUCUCCAGCAAGAUAAAGAUAAGGUGAAUGAAAACUAUAAAAAGCUUGAGGAAGAGCUGGAGACCCUGCGAGUGUAUUACAGCCUCCACCAAUCCUUGUCCCAAGAAGCCAGUUUGAAAGAGCAGUUCUCCAAGGCUGUAUCCCUUUAUGAAGAAGCCUUAAGAAACAGAGAGGAGGCGCUUGGCAUUACCCAGCGGCAAAACCAGGAGCUGUGCCAUCAGUUGCAACAAGCGCAGAACCAGUGUGCAGAACUGCAGGGGUCAAUGCGAAGGGCAACUGCCUGCCAACAGGAAUCAGAGGAUAGAAUUCACAAAUUGGAACGACUGGUGGAAGUACUGAGGAAAAAAGUUGGAGGCGGAAAUGUCCGGACUGUGGUUUGAACUUCGCGACUAGGAGAGAACCACCGUACAUCUGUUGGCCAGACACUGCGCUCUCUGUGAGACAAGCAAACAGCACCACUUGAAACAAUCGAGGGCCCAGGUGGAGACAGAGCUGUAAUUGGUGGGAAUACAAAGAGAGGGGUUAAACAGAACUUUGUCUGACCUUAACAGCUCCCUACUGUUUGCCCACUCCCUUUCCCCCCACUGUGUCCCUCGUCUAUGUGAGCUGCUCAGUGCUCUGAUGGAUCAGUGUUAUCUGCAGAGCCUUUUUUCUUUUUUGUAAUGUCCAUAUAUUGUUCGUGGCCAUAAACGGAGCCAUAACAUUCCUCUCGUAAGGUGUGUACUUCAUACGGGACCUUUUUAUAUACAUAGUGUGGCUAAAUGCCACUGCCCUGCCCUGACCUGUAUCUUCUUAACCACACUGCCCAUUUAUGUACUUGUGCUUCAACCAACAAUUUAGCAAUCUCAUAUAUUAUUGGGAUAUGUUUAUUUAUUUUCUUUCAUUUUGCAGCUUUUAUAUAAGUGUCAUUACUGGCUGCUGUUGUAGUAGGGCUAUAUUCACAGGGUAGGGAGGCCAGGAUGUUGCAGGUUGGCAUAGCACAUUUAUGUAGUUAUAAUACACAAAACCCAUGAAUAAUCAAUAAAAAUAGGUAUAUGGUCUAUUAUUUAAAAUUUUUGGUUCCUGGAGCUCUUAAGCCUAUUAAAAAAAUAUUU